GAAAGCCGCACAACCAAAUCUGACUGAAAACGACGCCGUCACCGUCCGCCUCUAAGGCCAACCAAUCAUCACUCUUGACUUCACCACCAGAAGAAAAACAGCACCAUCGUUUUAAACGCCUGAAACGUUUGAUUGCUAGAGUCGCGUGCUCUCAAAAAGGGUCAAAAAUUUCUACCUCCAACGCUUGAUUUCUUCCUGAGUCGACUCGGUGAGUCCCUGCUCAAUUAACUGAACUAAGUGAAUCAGAGUUUUUGGCCCCCUUUUUUAUUUUUUCAUUUGGUGGUGGGUUUUAUUAGGAAUGUGAAAAUAUGGAAGGAAAUAAUGGGAGUUCGGGUGAAAGUAAUAGGAGACCACCAAUACCUCUAGCUGCUGCUGCUGCUACCACCACGACGUCGUGUGGACAGUGCUUUAGCAUUGAUAGUGUGCCAGUAAGCUGUAAAAAGACCCUGGUUCGUCACCAGUCCCUUGUGAAGACAAAGACGUUGGAUAUCUCUGUUAAACCUAACCUCGGUGCAGAAAAUCACGAUGCAGAUUUCGUUCCGAUUGUUCGCUCUGGAGCAUGGGCGGAUAUUGGCUUUCGCUCAAGUAUGGAAGAUGUAUACAUAUGUGCUGACAGUUUUAUGAGUGAUUAUGGACUCAAGAAUGCUACUGAUGGGCCCAAUGCCUUUUAUGGGGUGUUUGAUGGACAUGGUGGAAAGCAUGCUGCUGACUUCGCAUGCUACCAUCUGCCAAGAUUCAUUGCCGAGGAUGAAGACUUUCCGGUGGAGGUUGAGAGGGUCAUUGCUUCUGCAUUUCUGCAAACUGACUCUGCUUUUGCGAAGGCUUGCUCCCUGGAUGCAGCUCUUGCUUCUGGAACCACCGCACUGGCAGCUCUUGUUGUUGGGAGGUUGUUAGUUGUGGCAAAUGCUGGAGAUUGUCGAGCAGUGUUGUGCUGCCGUGGCAAUGCCGUUGACAUGUCUAACGAUCACAAACCGACAUGUAGCAAAGAAAGGAAACGCAUUGAGGCAUCUGGGGGGUAUGUUUAUGAUGGUUAUCUCAAUGGACUACUCAAUGUAGCUCGUGCUUUGGGAGACUGGCACAUGGAAGGGCUGAAAGGUAGUGGAAGUGAUGGUGGGCCACUGAGUGCAGAGCCUGAGUUUAUGACAAGACAAUUGACAGAGGAAGAUGAAUUCAUCAUCAUAGGUUGCGAUGGGAUCUGGGAUGUCUUCAGGAGCCAAAACGCCGUGGAUUUUGCUAGGCGGAGACUUCAGGAGCACAAUGACCCAGUCAUGUGCAGCAAAGAUCUUGUUGAUGAAGCCUUGAAGAGGAAGAGUGGCGAUAAUUUAGCUGUUAUUGUGGUUUGCUUCCAGUCUGAGCCUCCCCGUAACUUGAUUGCCCCACGCCCAAGGGUUCACAGGAGCAUAUCCGCCGAUGGUUUGAGGGAGUUGCAGAGUGUCUUGGAUGACUUGGCAAAAUGAGGCAGCGACAUUUUCCUUUUUUUCCCUUUCUUUUUCUACUUUAGAGUUUUAGUUGUAGUUUUAGAUAUUGAUUCAAUUGAGUUUCAACUGUAAAAUAUGCGGCGGCAAGCUGAUAAACUAAAAUGUUGCCCUGUUAGAAGUUCCAUCUUGUUUCAGCCUUGACAGAGUUGUUCUUUCAUGAAGACAUUUCGAUGUGCGGAAUUAAACCUGUUCAUCAAUCCUAGGCUAAUAAUAUUAAUAUGGAGCAUAUACUGAA